AUGGCCAGUGUUGUAAGGAGCAAAGUGCUAAAGGUUCUAAACAAACAGAAGACUGGUUUUGUGUCUAUCGCAACUAGACCAAAGAGUUCUAAUGCUCCAGAAAAAAAAAUACUGACUUCCGCAUUCAGCGAUAUUCCGGUGACCAGUUACACAGCAAAUGACUUUGUUUGGCAGAACUUGGAUAGAUGGCCUGACAAAACUGCUACUGUUUGCGCAGUGACAGGUCGCGGUUACACAUAUGCGCAAACGCACAAGAUGUCCAUAGCUUUUGCCGCCUCCUUGCGGACAAAAUUAAAACUGCAGAAUGAUGACAAGAUAGCCAUAGUGUUACCGAAUACCCCGGAGUAUCCUGUCACGGUAUUGGGCGUCCUACAGGCUGGCUGCAUUGCUAGUAUGAUGAACCCCGUUUAUACAGCUGAGGAACUAAAACGUCAAAUCGAAUUGGUAAAAUGCAAAGCAGUGAUUACAUCGAAGAUAUCUUACGCAAACAUCAAACAGGCGUUAGCAGAAUUGAAACUGAACAUACCAGUAAUUUUAAUAGACAACGACGACUUACCUGAAGGCACUAUCAAGUUUGCAGAAUUUGCUCAAGACUUUAGCCUCGACACAAAUUGUUUAAAGGCUGUGAAGAGAGGUCCCAAAGAUUUGGCUAUAUUACCUUUUUCGAGUGGUACUACAGGGUUCCCUAAAGGUGUUGUGUUGACUCAUGAAAGUGUUGUCGCUAUGAACCAACAGAUUGCGGACCCAGAUAUCAUUGCUAUUAAAGAAACUACUGCCACCAACCAAGCAGUGUUACCAGGAAUUCUUCCAUUUUUCCACAUAUUCGGUUUCAACGUUCUGAUGAUGAAUCAGUUGGCGCUGGGGUGCAAAUUGGUCACCUUGCCGUACUUCAAACCUGAACUAUUUCUACAGACGCUCGUUCAACAUAGGGCUGAAGUUUUAUUCUUAGUUCCACCUAUGGUGGUAUUCCUGGGUAAGCAUCCAGCUGUCACUUCUAAACAUUUGGAGUCAGUGUACGGCAUUGUAAGCGGUGCUGCGCCCAUCUCUAAGGGAGACGCCGAAGCUGUUAUGAAGAAAAAUAAAAACAUCGUGUUCCGCCAAGGUUACGGUUUAACGGAGACCAACGGAGCUAUUUCCGUGGGUAAGAAUGAUGACUCGAACCACGCUUCAGUUGGACACAUAUUGGGUAACAGUGAGGUCAAGAUUAUUGACUUAAAUACAAAAGAGGCUUUGGGACCGGGAGAGGAAGGUGAAAUCUGGUACCGUGGUCCAAAUCUAAUGUCCAGUUACUAUGAAAACGAGGAAGCGACCAAGGAGGUGCUGACGGAAGACGGCUGGUACAAAACUGGGGACAUCGGGCGAUACGAUGAGAACAAGUAUUUAUAUGUCACCGACAGACUGAAAGAGCUUAUAAAGGUAAAAGGCUUCCAAGUACCACCAGCAGAAUUAGAAAUGGUACUACGAACACAUCCGAAGAUUCUUGACUGUGCCGUCUUGGGUAUACCAGACCCGAUCUCAGGCGAAGUGCCCAAAGCCUUCAUUGUAUCACAACCGGGACAAACUUUAAAAGAAGAAGAAAUAUUAGAACAUGUUAAUAACCAAGUCACGAUCUACAAGAAGAUUAAACAAGUACAGUUUGUUAACGAAAUCCCUAAGAAUGCUGCCGGUAAGAUACUUAGGAAACAGUUAAAGGAAAUGUAUUGUUAG